AUGAGAAAACCGUCAACUUCUGUUGCCCAAUUUUCUUCGGGCGAGCCCUCACCACUCUUCACACACUCGCACCCUGCAUCUGUCCAAGACGACGAAUCUUUCCACGACGGUUACGGCUAUACUACUCACGACGAAGAAGAGCAUUGGGCCGACGAGGACGAAGUCAGCGAGUCCGAAGCAUCAGUCUCCUACGGCGGUGUACCUCCUGGGCCACGCUCGCACCCCGCCCGCCUCCCGCUGAGGCCACAGCCCGCACCUUACCAACAACAUUACCGCCCGGCACGCCGCCUGCCGGAGCCAGCGCCCAGCGUGGAUCACCCGGAUGAGUUCGGAGCCUAUGGCCAUCAGCACUACGCCAGUGGCCAGUUUGGCCGCGGCGCGUACCCAAGGUCUGGGCCCCAGCAGCCGCAAGGAUAUUUCUACCCUCCCCACGGCCAGGUGGUAGGAUAUGGUGCAAACCCCUUCAGCCCCGCCAGCAGCGCUUCUAGUCCGGCGUCCUAUAGUUAUCCCGACAUAAGAGGAGCGUACAGUGGCAACGAGAUGACUUUCUCUCCGCAGUACUACCAACACCACUAUGGCCAUCAGCACCAAUAUCCGAUGGGCCAUCCCGGCAUGCAUCUGGAUGCUCCUGGCGCGGCGCCCGCGCCCACACCUGCAACCAGCGCACGUGAAAAGGAACUACAAGACAAAAUUGCGGAGUUCGAGAAAGAGAAGGCAAAGCUGGAGCAGGCUGAACGUCAAAAGGAGAUAGAAGCCGAAGCUCGCCGAAAAGCUGCGGAGGAGAGCCGAAGAAUCAUCGAAGAGAUGGAGCGCCUAAAGGAACAAAACAAGAUUGAACUCGAAAGAGCCAGAGAGGAAGCCGCGCGAGCCGCCAGGGAGGGUAUCGCGGCUGAGGCCAAAGCCGCCGAAGAGCGUGCGAGGCAACAGGCGGAGGCCGUGAAGCAGGCAGAGGAGCGUGUUAAGACCAUGUUCGAGCAGCAAAGGCGGGCCGAAGAAGCACGGAAAAAGCAAGACGAAGAGGAUCGCAUCAAAGCUGAGGAAGCGGCUAAGCUCCGCCUCGAAGCCGCACUGCGAGCCGUCGAAGAGGCGAAAGUGGCCCAAGCGAAAAAGGACGCCGAGGAAGCCGAGAAGCUGAAGCAGAUCAAGGAAGAGGCCAAGCGCAAGGCCGACGCCGAAUUUGCAGCCAAGAUACAGGCUGAAAAGGAUGCUGCCGCCAAGAAGGCUGAAGACGAAGCCUUGAGGAAGGCUGAACAAGAAGCGUUCAAGAAGAAGGUCGAAGAAGAUACAAAGGCUAAACUGGAAGAGGCCGCCAAGAAAGAACGUGGCCCAUUUCUUCAAUUCAAAGACGCUUUAGGUCGGAAGUACAACUUCCCAUAUCGUCUAUGUACAACAUGGCGGAAUAUGGAGGAAUUGAUCAAGCAGGCCUUCGAUGGCCUCGACGGACUGUCGUACCAAGUCCACGAAGGAUGGUAUGACCUUCUUGGCCCGGCUGGUGAGAUCAUUCUUCCAUCCGUCUGGGAAAGGAUUGUCGAGCCAGAAUGGUCUAUCACGAUGUCAAUGUGGCCCUUGGAACGCAUCCAAAAGAGUGGCCAUAUCCCCCCGCAUGUGGCUGCAGCCAUGGCUAGAAGCAUGGGCGGCGGUAUGCCCCCUGCACCACCUGCUAUGGGAAGAGGCCGCGGCGGCGUACCAGGAGGUAUGGCGCCGCCACCUGGUUGGGCUGGGGGUCCCAAACCUCCUGGUCAUAUCCCUGCCGGCGUUCACGUUGUUCGUGACCAUGGCAAGAAGGAGAAGAAGAAGAAGAAGCCGGUAUCUACCGGCUUUGUAGGCUUUUUUGGUGGCAAGCCACAGCCCAAGAAAUCCAGCAAGAAAUAA